AUGGCUUCGGGGACUGUAGGGGAUUUGAUUGAUGGUUUGAGAUCGAGGGAAAGGGUUCGAUGGACCGAGAAUAGCAAAGUUUAUACCCGACGAUUCCGCAAGAAAACCCAGAAACUCAACGACACUGCCGCCAUUGCCAUCACCUCCGCCGCUGACGAAGGUCCCGUAGUUGUCACCACCACCGCGGUGACCGAGGCUCUCAACUCCAGAACCACUGAGAACCAGAAUGAUUCUGCUGCCGCCUUCUCUUUGGCCAGCAAUGCUGAUUGUUCCACCGUAACAACAACCAAUCAUGAGAAUAUCAAUAACAAUGUUCGGAAAGAUUAUUUAGAAAUCGCCGGGGGCGAAGAUGUGAGUUUUUCUCCGCAGAGGCUGCAAGAGCAACGGCUACAUAGAGAACGAACUCCUUCACCAACCUCAGAGAGUGAAGGUGUUAAUUCUUCUCAGCGUCAGCUGGAAAAACAACCACAUCAUGUUAAACAAUCUCCUUUGCAACCGGAGCAUAAUGCUUCGAUUCAGAAGCAAGUGCAAAAAGGCCGUGAAAGUCAGGCUGCUGACCAGCAGCCACUGGAGAUUACCAGGGUUCAUGAUAGAGUUAGAUUUAAAUUAUCAAAAUUAACACCGAAGAAUGAGGUUAGGGAGCUUAGACAGCAGUUACAGAGUGAGCUUGUUCAGGUAAGGAAGUUAGUUAAACAGCUUGAAGCCAAGCAACUUCAGCGUGCUGACUAUGACACUAAUAAUAACACUGGUGACAUUAAUGGCACUUAUAUGGCUUCUGCUGAGGGUAAUUUAGGUCAGUAUGCUCAAUCUCUGCCGAAGUAUGUGGAGAAUGAUGCAGUAGAGAGGAGGGCGUUGAUCAGAGUCCAUUCAGACGUGGACCCCGUGGGGAAUCCUGAAAGCAGGCUGAUCGGGUUAGCCAGGGUAAAUUCUGAUGUAGGUGCAGUGCGACAUCAAGAACAAAGGCUGUAUAAUAGGCAGCUCAGUGUUGCAGUAAUGGAAAACCAUCACAGGGCCAUUGACUUUGUUGAGAAGGAGAAAAGGACCCCAAAGGCUAAUCAAUAUUACAGAAAUUCUGAGUUUCUCCUGGGGAAGGACAGACUUCCUCCUGAAAGUAAGAGGUUGAAGGCAAGUAAUGGCAGAAAACAUGGUAGGGAGACAGAACAUGCAUUUGGCUUCGGUUUUGGUUUUAGUUUUGGUUUUGACAAGAACAGGAAUCAGGUGUUCAGGAGUUGUAGUAACUUACUUCAGAGGUUAAUGAAGCACAAGCAUGGUUGGGUGUUCAAUGAACCCGUGGAUGCCAGAGCAUUGGGGUUGCAUGAUUACCAUAAUAUUAUUAAGCACCCUAUGGAUUUGGGUACAAUUAAGAAUAGGCUUUCACAGAACUGCUACAAGUCUCCUAGGGAAUUUGCAGAGGAUGUAAGACUUGUGUUUCUUAAUGCCAUGACAUAUAAUCCGAAAGGGGAUGGCGUUCACAUUAUGGCAGAGCAGCUGUCUCAGGUAUUUGAAGAGAAGUGGACUGUGAUAGAGACCGAAUACAAUCCCUAUUGGAGAUACGAAACAUAUCAGGAUGCUGGAUUGCCCACCCCCACUUUAAGAAAAGCUCCUCAGUCUCAGUUUGCCCCUGCUUCAGUUGCUUACCCUAUACCUGGCCAUGUCCCUUCCGUCCCUCAAAUGAGGACGUUGGAUAUGUCAGUGUCAGUGUCUACACCCAUGUCCGUUGAUACCAAAAUGCAGCAUUCGCAAGUUGUUAGGACACCUGUUCCAAAGAAACCUAAAGCGAAGGAUCCCAAUAAAAGGGACAUGACUUAUGAGGAGAAGCAAAGACUCAGCACAAACCUUCAGACCUUACCUUCAGAAAAGCUUGAUGCUAUUCUUCACAUCAUUAAAAAGAGGAACACUACACUUUCUCAACAGGAUGAUGAGAUUGAAGUGGACAUUGACCAUGUAGAUCCGGAAACACUUUGGGAGCUUGAUAGGUUUGUCUCUAAUUACAGAAAGAAUCUGAGCAAACACAAGAGAAAAGCUGAACUUGCUCUGCAAUCUAGAGCAGAAGCUGCUGGGACUACUCCGAUGAUAAGGACAAUCCCAGAAGCUCCAAAGCUUCGGAAGGAAAGUGGAACAGGAGCUGAAAAGAAUUCUUCUCUCCCUCCUGUCGCUCAAGUGACUCUGGAUCAUCUUCAAGUGAUUCCGACAGUGAUAGUUCCUCUGCAGCUGGAUCAGAUGCAGGGUAGUCACCUAGGACAUGAAUGGAUAUUGUUAAGGACGUCAAUGAUGAAUGUUCUCGAUGAUAUUUAG